AUGCAGUCAGGAGGCAAGGGACCAGAUCUCGAACCAUUAUCUGAAAGUGACAAACGUAACAUCCGCAAGUACGGAAAGCUGCCGCGUGGAGGCCUACUCGCCCAGCAAUCCAAGGAACGGACCUACUUCGACUCCGGCGAUUUCGCUCUUUCCGCCGCUGAUCGCAUAACCGACAACGGCGCUAUCAAAACAGGCAGAGCGCAUCCCCGUCGGGAUAGCAUUUCGCACCCCUAUGCCCCUAUCCCAGCCGCUAGUAAUGUUAACAAGGAUGCCACCGAAGAGUUGUAUAGGAAGAGUGUGGAUCCCGAAAAAAGUCCUCUCCUUCAGGAAGGAAAUAUUGCGGAUGAAGAACCCGCAAACGAAGAAGAGGGACAUGGCAAUUCUAUCUCUCACGAAGGCUGA